GUAGCUAUUGAUUCAACAGUAUUGAUGUCAACAAUUGAAAUCAACGCCCACUGAUCUCUUUCUCAGCACAGUGUCGGAGAUAGAUAUAUCUCAUCUUGAAUGCAAUAGAUUGUAAUAGAUUGUAAGAUUAUUAUGGAACGGGAACGUGUCGAAGCUCAGAGUGCUCAUUUCAAGUCGCAAUCAGAAAAGGCUCAUCAUCUUCCGCAUCCCGAGAAAGCCACGAAAGGAAAUAAUAAAAAUCCCUUAGCUGGUGUCUAUCUGAAUAACGACAGCGAACAUAAAGCAGACGCCGGUGUCGCUGCCGCUGUACCUUCUUCUUUGGAUUUAAGUGAAACCGAAGCGAAGCCGAGAGAAAACAACAACUUCGACCCCUCUCUUCCUUCUCGUCGGAAAUCAAAUCGAGAUGUCAAUGUACGUUACUUAUGCAAGAUUUGGCACUCAACAUUUCCCCAUUCGUACUUCAAUGUUAACGACGAUGCAAAGGAUGUAUCAGACUUCAAUCGAUACAAAUACUUCUGAAGACGCCAAUUGUCAUUUCCGUACGGGGGCACUCACAUCAUCCUUUUUUGAUCAUAAAAUAUGAAUUAUCGGCGGUGAAAAAGUCAAUUCGCCUGUCUGGAGUCGGAAAGACCGCUCAUACAUUCUAUCGUCGAAUGCAUUCUCUUUUUUUCUCCAACUCCAGCCGAGAAGAAUACGAAGCUUUGUUUAUUAAUGGCAGCAGGAGACGCAAAAGGAGGGAGAACAAUGUGAGUACCGGUAGUGAUUUUAGACCUCGAAUCAAUACCAAUAUUUCUGGCGUCAAUUCCAUUUCUAUUGCAACUACUUCCACCGACAGUCCCAAGCAGGUAGAGGGAAAGAUUCAGGUUCAGAGAGUCACUAAGCCCGAAGAAGCUUGCAUCUAUGUGAUUGACAACUUUUUAACGSAAAAAGAACUUGAAUAUUUUGACGAGAAAAUCAGGUCGAUUCCUUUUGAAAGAUCCUUUGUCGACAAUAUGAGAUACAACAACGAGAACCAUGACUAUAACGACGACGAGCAAAACUGUGAUGAAGAUAACAUCAUUUAUAGUGGCGAUGGUACCGAUGCAAAGGGGAUACUAGAUGGAAAAAAAAAAGAAGGUAAAGAUCCUACUAUUACCUUUCAGAUCAAGAAACAAACCUCAUCGAUAGAUAAAACGAAUGAAGCAGAAAUUGCUAGCUCUGGAAAUCGGGAGAAUCAAAUAUCUGUCAAAGAUGAAGAKAUGAAAAAGAAAAUUGUAAAGAAAAGAAAAAAACGAGAACGAAAAACCUUGAUAGAUGAUUCCCAUAGAACAUCCACAUUUUAUUCAUUUCGGAAGCUUCACGAUCGUAAAAUUAGCGGUCUGGAAAGAAGAAUUGCCAACAUGCUUGGCUGCUGGGUCCAUCAAAUUGAAGCCUUACAACUGGUUCGUUAUGUCCCCGGUCAAUUUUUUGGAAUCCACCAUGAUUUGGGAAAUUUGUUGGCCGAUGACAGUGUUGAAUUACCUCGGAAAGAUUGGGCGUGCAAACGGCGUUUGGUCACUAUUUUCUGUUAUUUGAAUACCCUCAAAGAAGACGAAGGAGGAUGCACAUACUUUCCAAAAUGCAGCCACUUGAGAAUAAAACCAAAACGUGGUC